GCGAUUAUUAAUUAUAUGUUAAAACGACUUACCAUAAUAAAGAGGUGGCCUUUAGCCGUCCAUCUUUUUCGCGUCACACUGGCAGUUAGCGAGAGCAGCAGUACGAACAAGAAGACGCAUCUUCACGCUUCCAGACUGCCGUUUGGAUACAUUUUGUCCUACAUCUAUUGGCAAGACUCGGCUUUACUCUACAAUUUGUUCGAGAUUUUAUAUUUGUUACUAGUGUGCUGUUGUUUGUGCGUCAGCAUGGCCGUCGUCAUCCGUUUACAGGGACUGAGUGUCACAGCAGGUUCUGAGGAUAUUCGCAGCUUCUUCUCUGGCCUCAGAAUCCCAGAUGGAGGUGUGCAUAUUAUUGGUGGGGAGCUAGAUGAAGCUUUCAUUAUCUUUGCUUCUGAUGAAGAUGCAAGAAGAGCCAUGUUACGGUCAGGGAAGUUAAUCAAGGACUCACAAGUAACUUUGCUACUCAGCAGCAAAACAGAGAUGCAGAAUGUACUUGAAAGAACGACCAAAACGUGUGAGCGUGACAAGAAGAGGCAGUUUGAUGACAACGCUAGACAUGGUCAAAGAUCUGUGAACAUAGAGGUGGGAAGGAGAUCCAGUAGCCGAUCAGCUAUUAGCCCUUCCUCCCAGCACCAAAUGUCUUCAAACUCAGAAGACUUCUUUGGUGUGUUUCUGAAUGGGCUGCCUUUUUCUGUAAAUAAAAGGGAAAUCCAAGACUUUUUUGGUGGUUUACUCAUUGUGGAAAUUCUCCUACUAAAAAAUUUUAAGGGACUAAACAAUGGAAGAGGCUUUGUUAGAUUUGCAACGGAGCAAGAUUUGAUAAAAGCCCUGAAGAGGGAUCGGGAAUACAUUGGGUCAAGAUAUAUUGAGGUUAAACUGACAACAAUUCAUGACUGGCAUAAGGCCAUUAAUCAUAUUGAAAUGGAUCUCAACCCAGAUGACUACCUGGAAAGAGGGAGACCCCCUGUUCAUGGUCAGAGAAACUCCCAACAUCGUGAUCGAUCACGAUCACCCAUGUCUCAGAGGCAUAUUGCUCCAUCUGAUAAGGAAUACUGUGUGAUGUUGGAAAACCUGCCUUUUGGAAUAGAGCAAGUUGGUAUUAAACAGCUUUUUCCAAAAUCAAAGCUUGAGAAUGACCAGAUCCUGUUCGUUGCUGACAGUGAUCGAAGAAGAUCUAGAUCUGCAUUUGUACUCUUCAGGAGCAUUCGUGACUACUGUGAAGCUUUAAGUCAGGAGAAAAGAGAGUUUUGUAACCGAUGGAUUUAUACUCGUCCAAUCUCCAGAGAGAACAUGCUAAGGAUUCUGGAAUCUCAUAGUUCGGCUGUUAGGCCGUACAGAGAUUCUGAAAAGCAUCAGGAAAGAGCUCCAUCUCACCUCAAGGACCUGUAUGACUCUGAGAAAGCCUGCGUAUUUGUGAGGAACCUCCCAACUGAUGUGCGGAAAGUUGAGAUAAUUGACUUCUUUCAUGGAUUUAAUGUCAUGGAGGACAGAGUUUGGGUUCUGCAUGACCAUAGAGGUGCUGGAGUUGGGCAAGCUUUGGUUCUCUUUGUGUCUGAAGCAGAGGCUGGUAAUGCAAUUACUCAAAAUGGACGCCGGUUUCUUGGGUCUGAAAUCACAAUGAAAUGUAUUUCACGUGCGCAGAUGAAACAGCUGGCUGCCGAGCCAGCAGAAAAACAAGAACCAUUGCCAAAAGAUGAACAGCACUUCAACAUGGGAAGUAAGUCGCUUUAUCCCUCUGGUGAUGUCUAUCCUGAUGUAAGGAAAGAUAGUUAUAUGACCAAUGCAAAUGUCAACGCCUGCAUGGGUUUUGACUACGUACAUCGUUCAGUGAGAUGUCGUUCUCCACAAGAUCUUGGAAAUGGGUUUCAUGGCAGGUUUGGUUCUCCUGAACAGCGUUUUGAUGGUCCCACUUGUGUACAGUUGGUGAACUUGCCAUUCCAAAUCAGACCUGAGGAAAUCUAUGAUUUCUGUUACGGAUAUCGUAUCAUACCUGGAUCUGUCUCUCUUCAGUACGAACAGAAUGGGAAAGCUAAAGGCUCUGCCACCUUGGUGUUUGAGUCUCGUAAGGAGGCUCUGCAUGCAGUUCAAGAACUAAGUGGAAGACCGAUCGGUCCAAGAAAAAUACAGUUGUUACUUGUCUGAUAGUGAAGUUACCUUUUGGGAAUAAGUCAUACACUUUACAGUGUUAAUGUACGUACUAAUAAUGUGCCAGAAUCAAUGCAUUGGAGUGUUUGGAGCGAUUUUUCGUAGCAUGGUUCUUGUGCAUUUUUGAUAUUGUUUGUUUUAAUGUAGUUUUUCCAUAAUGCAGUGAAACUGUCAGAAUAAGUUGCUUUUGACAUUGGGUUUGAAAAUGCUAAGUCAACAGUAAUGACAACCACUGUUCCUUGCUUUUCUCAGUUGCUAAUAUCUUCAGUUUUACAAGAGUAUUGUAUAAUACAAAUACCAUUGGUUUGCUUUAUUUUCUUUUUAAAAUAAAGAAAAUCUCGAAUUUGUUUGUCUCUUUGGGAUUCAAAAUUUGCUUACACUAGUAAUCCAAAGGGUUCAAAUGAAGGCAACUGAACUUUGGUUUCUUAAAGGCGUUUCGCUUCUUGUCCGAUGAGCAUUGUCAAUUCUGACUGGAAUAUGGGAGAGUCAAGUGACAUGGUUUUGGGGAUGAGUUUAACCCAAGACAUGCAGAAUUCAUGAGUCAAUUAGAAAAAUUAAAGAAUUUUAUUUAAAAAAAUAGGGAACUGAGGGGGCACUGUAUAAGGUUCAGUGGGGAUUGCAACGGAACCGCAGCGUCUGAGGAGGGGAGAGCUGAGGAACAGGCGAGUCCAGGGAGGUAUGUCUGAACUAAGAAGGUGCAGAGUAAAGACUUACGGGAAGCUGGGGGCUGAGGAAUUUGGGUGGGUAGGUGGAGCGCCGGUGAAUCCAAGAGGGGGUGUCUAGGAGAGGGGGCGCGAGGAGAAUGGGCCGGCAGAGAGGAGAGGAGAAUGGUGAAUGCUGCAUCCAGGAGAUUUAUGGGGCACAGGUGAGUAAUCCAGCAGUAUCGUGGAAAUGUCCAAGUAGUCAAUCAGAGGAGCCACAGGAAAACCAGAGAAGCUUCACGAGUCCAAGGAGAUUCUGAGGAGUCAAGGUAAGGUCCACAAAUGAUCCAAAAAUCCUGGGAACAGGUAAGCACAAGUAUAUCCACAAGGGUUCUAAAACCCAAAGAUCACUAGAGUUACCCUGGAAACAAAGAGCUGGAACUACAAAGUUGUAGUUAAUCAUCCGGCGUCGAGAUGUUUUCUCCUCCACCUCAUAGCUGGACCCACUGAUUGUUAAUGAGCUGACGCUGCAGCCUCCCUCUCCUGAAACAGCAGCUCAAAGAUGGAACAAAAAUGAGAGGAGCACUCACCCCGGCACAUGACAGUACCCCCCACCCCCUCCACGGACGCGCCUGGCGUCCCAGCAGACGCAGCCUCGUAGUCCUGGAUCAGGAACGGGUCCUCAAUAAAGGACAGGGGGACCCAGGAACGCUCCUCCGGGCCAUACCCCUCCCAAUCGACCAGGUACUGGGUGCCACAGCCGCGGGGCCCGGGAAUCCAGGAUCCUGCGAACCGUGUAUAUGAGGCCCCCUUGUAGUACCGCGCAGGGGGUUUGGCAGCCGGCACAGGACAGAGGGGGCUAGAACCCACCGGCUUGACCAGGGAAACGUGAAAAAAAACGGGUGAUUCCGGAGCGAGCGUGGGAGCUCUAGUCGAACCGUGGAGGGAGUGGUGACCUCCGGUAUCUUAAACGGGCCUAUGAAUCUGGGAGUGAACUUACGGGAGGUGUCCUUCAGCGGGAUGUCCUUAGACGAGAGCCAUACUUCCUGACCAGGGGCGUAAUCCGGGGCUGGACGUUGCCGGCGGUCAGCCAGCCGCUUGUUCCUGUCAGCCAUCCUGUCCACAGCGGCCCGGGUGGACGCCCGUCUGGCCCCCCGGAGAAACUGAGGGACCAAAGAUGGACCUGAGGACUGCUGGGGAAACGGGGAUGGCUGGUAACCUAGAGAGGCUUCAAAUGGAGACUGACCUGUAGCAGUAGAAACGUGGCAGUUGUGGGCGUACUCCACCCAGGCGAGGUGAGAGUUCCAGGAGGAUGGGUGUGCGGAGCAGAUGCAGCGACGCAUGGCCCCGAGCUCUUGAUUCAUGUGCUCACAUUGUCCGUUCAUCUGUGGGUGAUAUCUGGAAGUGAGGGAGACCUAAGCCCCCUGAGCCUCGGUGAACUCCUUCCAUAAUCUGGAGAUGAACUGAGGUCCCCGAUCCGAGAGAAUCUUCUCUGGAAUCCUGUGCAACCUGAACGCAUGCUUAAUGAGGAGUUUAGCAGUAACAGAGGAGGCAGGGAUAGACUUUAGGGGUACAAGGUGGCAAGCCUUCGAAAACCUGUCCAUCAUGGUGAGGAUGGUGGAAAAACCAUGCGAAUCAGGCAACCCACAGACGAAAUCUAAGGCUAUGUGUGACCAGGGACGUGAGGGAGUAGGAAGGGGGUUUAACAAACCUGCCGUAGACUGAUGGUCCCCAUUCUGUUGGGCACAUACGUGGCACUCCGAGAUGUAGUCCUUCACGUCCUUGUACAUGGCAGGCCACUAGAAAGUCCGUUUCAAUAGGGCAAUAGUGCGACCUGCACCUGGGUGCAGGGAAAACCUGCCGGUGUGUGCCCAAUGGAUGUCCUUGCCCCUUAAGCCUUGUUGCACAUAAAGCCGGCCAGGCGGACCCUUACCUGGACCUCAGUCAGUUUUAAGAGCCUCCAGCACCUGAUCCCGGAUCUCCCACGUGACUCCUCCCAUCCGGAGCAUACAACCUGGAGAGGGCAUCUGGUUUUGUGGUUUUAGACCCAGGGCAGUAAGGAAUCUGGAAAUUGAAACAUGAGAAGAAAAGAGACCACCUGUACUGUCGUGGAUUAAGCCUCUUAGCUUCUCUCAGGUAAACCAGAUUCUUGUGGUUCAUCCAGAUGAUGAAAUGUGUUUCUGCCCCCUCCAGCCAGUGUCUCCACUCCUCAAUAGCGAGCUUUACAGCCAGCAGCUCUCGGGUCACCCACGUCAUAUCUGCUCUCUGCGGGAGUUAAAACGGCAAGAGAAAAAGGCACAGGGAUGAAGUUUAUUAUCCGUGGGAGAUACCUGAGGAGUACAGCGCUGGGGUCGGAGGCGUCUACUUCGAGGAUGAACUGGCGUUGCGGAUCUGGUCUGUGGAGAACAGGGGCGUUAGUGAACUUCCUCUUCAAGGUCUGGAAAGCAGCCUCGGCUUCUGAGGACCAAACAAAAGGGUGAUUAACAGAGGUCAGGUUUGUCAGUGGGGCGGCGGUCUGGCUGUAGUUCCUUAUAAACCUCCUGUUCCUGUUGGCGAAGCCCAGGAACCUUUGUAACUGCUUUUGAGAAGUUGGAAUGGGCCACUCAGUGACUGCACUGACCUUCUCAGGGUCUGCCCUUAGCCUCCCGCUCUCGAUGAUAAAACCAAGGAACUUUACCUUGGGGACGUGGAACACACAUUUCUCCGCCUUGACAUGAGCGGUUCUCCAGGAGGCGCUGUAACAUGGCCCUUACAUGUUGCUCUAAGGAGUUAGAAAAAAUCAAAAUAUCAUCUAAAUAAACAGUCACAAACUUAAUAAGAAAGUCUCCUAAAACAGGGACUGGAACACGGCUGGUGCAUUAGUUAAACCCAAGCCCCCACAAUGCGGGUCAAAAAUUGAGGCAAAUGCGGAAGUACCAAAAAUUGCAGUUCCACCCUCAUCCGCUGGGGGCUGGUGUCAGAAGCGAGCAAAUCCUCAUUGACUCCCAUGUUAAAAAUGCCAUUUUCACAGCAGAAAUAAACAUGUUUACAGCCUGGUACCAAAACAUGUUUUUGGUUUUAAUUAUCUCACUCUUCUGUGUGGCAGUGUGAGUGUCCUGUCACCGUGUCCCGAUAGAUCAUGCGCCCUGGCUACUUGGCCAGGGGGAUGUCCCUUUGGCUGACUGGUUAGAGCGUAUGACUCUCACCCGGGAGUCUGGGGAUCGAAUCCCGCCCGGGCCCUCGUCUAUCCACUUUGCCACAUUUGGCAUUGUUGGCAGUAUCCAUGUAGUACUGUCAAGUAGGUCCAUGGAUGUGAAGCCAUGGAUGUGAAGUUUGUGGCACCCUGCGCAGGAGCACGAGGACGUGCUUGUGGAAAGAGGGGGGAAGAUGUGAUUGUCCUGUCACCGUGUCCCGAUAGAUCAUGCGCCCUGGCUACUUGGCCAGGAGGAUGUCCCUUUGGCUGACUGGUUAGAGCGUAUGACUCUCACCCGGGAGUCUGGGGAUCGAAUCUCACCCGGGCCCUCGUUUAUCCACUUUGCCACAUUUGUUUAAGUGUGCUCGCUCGCCAUAAAACUAGCCUGGCAAACCAUACUAAAUAACGCUCCAUUGACUUCUUUUUGCCAUGGGGUGGGUUCUACCAUUGUCUUUGAAAUGAUCUCCGCAUGCUACUGGACAACGUGACAUGGCAUACUCACCACAACGGAUGUCAGUAAACGAGCCAGUCCGCUGUUGAAGAAGGCAAAAAUGCAUCCGUUUUCUAAAUAAAGGUCUUGAAUACAUCUCUGCGCCUGAUUCUAAUGAAGCCCAAGUCCAAAUAAUCCAAACUUGAUGUAAAAGCCAUUCCAAACAAGCUGUUUUUAUCUUGUUCCACUCCAUCGCUUCAUCUCGCCCACCAGAUGAAUUGGCUUUGACUUGCCCAUGUGGGCAGAGCAAAAGAUGCACUGAGAAAUCCCUGCUGUCCUUUAGUUGGUAAACACAAGCAGGCAUGAGCAGUGUUGAUUUUGGAGACUUCUAAUAUGAAGGACGCUGCUUCUUACCCUCUGUCAGUGAAACUCUCAUAAUAGCCAACUAUAAAUGUUGUUCCAUUCCAUAUGACUAGAGAGACUGAUGGCCAGUCAGCCACAGCCCUGUAACACCGCUAUGGAAGGGGAAGAAAGAAUGGCAAAGUAAACCAAUGUGCAGCUCUGUCAGCUGAAAAACUGGCCUCUACUUCCAUAACAAAUUUAGCAAAGGACUUGUAAAAACAAAAUAUUUCUUUUGGGACAAUUUUCUCUGCCACUUUUUGCUGCAAUGUCUUGUUUAAGUCACGUGCUGUCUGUUUAGCUUUGAGAGGGGAGGGCUUGGUGACUGAAUUUGGCCAAAGCCAAACUGCCAAAGCCUUUGAAGACGGCUUAUGGUAAAGAAAUUAGCAUUCAUUUCACGGGCAACAUUCCUGCAGUCAGCAUACCAAUUUCACGCUCCAAAGUUUGCGACAUGCACAUGUCAGGGUGGCUUUUUAUUGUGGGCAGUCUAACCCCCAAAUUCCACUACAUCCGCUCCGAUCCGCCCCCGCCUUCCGCAGCUGCUCGCUUCCGAACUCAAUUUUUACUGGUACCCGCUCUACAACGGCUCCGCUCCGGUUCGGAGACCUGAAGUGGGCAAACAAGCAUGCGUGGGAUUUUCGAGAUCUUGCGAUACAGUCCGAGCAAUAAACGCGGAAGUUAGAUCCAAACACCCGUUGUGUGGGAGAAGCAUCGAAAUGAACUGUUUAAUCUGCCCAUCAUGUGUGUUGAGAGAUCAGCAGUGUUUGGAUCAACAAAGUGUGACUACUUUGAUAGUGGAAACUGUAUUUAUGGCUUACUUUUGUGCAUUUAAACUUCAGCCGCCAUUGAUAGUUGUUAAAAGUUGUUAAACCUGUGCAUAUGAAACAAAAAACGCCUUUUGUUUAUUGAUUUAUUGUGAAAAACGGAAGUUGUGCUUGCUCCUUUUCCUGUUGGGCGGUUGUGAUUUCUGUCCAUUUACUGCGGAGGUGCUCCGGCGUCCGGCAAAAAUAGGAUUGAUUCUAUUUUUGCCGGACGCCGGAACAGAGGGCGGCGCACUGCGCCGGACUGCCGGAGCACGGCCGCAGUAGUGGAAUUGCUCUGAUUGACUACAACGGGACCGAUUUUGCUCCGGCGUUCGUGUCGGAGCGGAGCGGAGGUAGUGGAAUUUGGGGAUUAGGCACACCUGUACAUUAUUCAUGCUGUCUAAUCAGCUCUUUGAUGUGCCACACCUGUGAGGUGGGAUGGAUUAUCUUGGUAAAAGAAAAGUGCUCACUAGCACACAUGUAGACAGAUUUUAGAACAAUAUUUGAGAGUCAUGGGUCUUUUGUGCAUGUAGAAAAAGUUUCAGAUGUUUGAGUUCAGCUCAUGAAAAAUGGGAGCAAAAACAAAGGUGUUGCAUUUUUUUUCAGUGUAAAUGUUUAUUCCUAUAAUGAUUUAUUUCAGAUCUCAUUUGCACGAUAUUAAUAUAUUUGUGGAAUUUAAUAAUUUGUUCAUCAGUAUAUUCACACGUUAACUUAUUCACUGCCAAUGACGACUAAAGUAGUCAUUUGCAUUUUUUUACUGUCUGGGCAUUGGAACAAGCCCCCGCGCUGAGAGAACAAACAUCUCAGCUCUGAAGCCAAUCUUCAUCCGCAUACGUCACAAGUCCCAUGAUCAGGAAGCAGAACCUCCAUGUGUUAGUUCGCUUUGGCCCGUUCCUGAAAAAAAGUGAGGCGCGAACUGGAAAAGCGUCUGCCGAUCACAAUUCGACAAUGGAUUAUGAAAGAACGGAUAACGCUCGAAACACGCGGAUUCUUCCUGAUGUAAGAGGUGAGUCUCCGCUUUAUUUUGGUUGUUUUGGCGUCAACAUCAUCCUAGCGUGCAACGUUCUUGACUCUUAAACAGUAAAAACGGUGAGAAACGCUGGCAGCAAAGGCUUUACCGAUCAGGAAACGGCUGGCAGUGAAUGAGUUAAUUAUAUUAUUAUGAAUGUGUAUUAUAUUUACUUCACAUUAAUCUUUAAUAAGGGCUACUCCACAUUAGGCAAAAUAACCUAGAGUAUUUGAGAAAUAUGUGGCGUCUGAGGUCUUUGAUAACUGCCCUCUUUAACUCAUUCUCUGCCAGCUGUUUCCUGAUCGGUAAAGCCCUUUGCUGCCAGCGUUUCUCAAAGUUUUGACAGUUUUUUUAAGACUCACAGAACGGUGAACGCUAGGAUGAUAUCAACGCCAAAACAACCAAAACAAGGCGGAGACUAACCUCUUACAUCAUGAAGAAUCCGUGCGUUUCGACCUUUAUCCGUUCUUUCAAAAUCCGUUGUUGAAUUGUGAUCGGCAGAAGCUUUUCCGGUUCACGCCUCACUUUUUUACAGCAACGGCCCAAAACUAUCUCCUAACACAUGGAUAUUCUGCUUCCUGAUCACUUGACGUGUGACGUAUGCGGAUGAAGAUCGGCUUUAGAGCUGAGAUGUUUGUUCUCACGGUACGGGGGCUUGUUCCGAUGCCCACACAGUAAAAACUAGGGAUGCACCGAUCAGGUUUUUUGCUGCCGAUCACCGAUACCGAUAUCAAAGAAUGCUGAUCACCGAUACCGAUCACGUGGAUUGGCCAGAAAUUUUCUACAACAUUAUAAUGAGUGCUACAAACUACAUAAUCUGGGAAUAAGGAAAUGCAACCUAAUCUAAAAUGGUCUGUAUUAGGGUUGUCACAGUGUGAAAAUUUAACCUCACGGUUAUUGUGACCCAAAUUACCACAGUUUUCAGUAUUAUUGCAGUAUUUCUUUUAAACGUGCUACAUUUUCACACAAUUAAAUAAACCCUGUAUGUCAGGAAAUAUUGUCCUCAGUUUGUGUCUAAAUUUUGCCUAAAAUGUGUUAUUUUGUAAUUAUGUUGUUUGUUUACAUUUUUUCCCUUUAGUCUUUAAAAUACCAAUAUUUGCCCAUAACUUCUUAUUUUAUGUCUGUUUGAUGUCAUCAUUUUAAAAAUAUUAGAUCAGAUGACACUCAGUACUCAAGUAGCCUUCUAAUCAGAUACAUUUUUUUUACCCUUACUUGAGUAAUAAACCCUAUAUCAGGAAAAUAUUGUCCUCUGUUUGUGUCCUUCCAGUGAGCUUUGCAGAUGUGGGAAAAUGUCGUCAGGCAGUAAUCAUUGUUAAAUUCAUAAUUAUUCUCGGAGAGAGACCAACUCUUAUCUGCCCCUGGGAGCCCCGUAAUGCAUAACGUCAUUUCAAUAUUGGGGGUGUCCGCGACACGGUUUAUAUGCAGGUAGCGGCGCUGCAGCUGCUUUAUGUGAGUCGUGGUGGAUGGCUGCUUAUACUGAGCCAGGAUCCUCUGGAGGUUUCUUCCUGUUAAAAGGGAGUUUUUCCUCUCCACUGUCACUGCAUGCUUGCUUAGUAGGAGGAUUACAGUGUGGCGAGCAGGGCCACUUAUCAAUUUAGAAACAACGCCACCUGAUUAUCAGGAACCAAAACGACUGGAACUAAGGCACAUUAGUUCAUUUUUACAAAUCAAGCUUGAGACGGAGUUCCAUUCCACACAAACAGAUUUUAUUCAAAGAAUAAAAUGAGUUUAAAAUAAUCUAAAAACACCAUGCACCUGCAGAUCAACACUGCUUAAAACCAAAUCAACUUAGGCUGAGGCUGACUAAUGGGGCUGCCUAAGAGAGCCCAGAACUAAAUACCAACCACAAGGAAUUUCACCCCAAUCACACGUGCAUGCAUUCGGGGGGUGAAGUGACUCUGGAGCACACGCACACCAUCAAAAGGACCACCACCAGGGCUCGACCACCACUGUCAGCUCACAGCCUAAAUGAAAAGAAAACAGAAAACAGUAAAAAUCCAAAUCCACACAUACACACACACACACACACACAGCCACGACAGAGCAGGCAGGCCGUCAGGGAAUGAGCGAGCAUACAGCUCGCCUGCACACAAGUCUAUUAGCCUGCGCCUCAACCGUCCUUAUGAGCUCCCGGGCAGACGACAACUGCCGGUAGGGCCCGCAGCCCCUCGUUAGAAUACCCAACCCCACAGCGGGUGUACGCCCUCCGCUGGUAUACGGUACAGAGGAGCGAGUGACAAAGCCGCUCCCAAUGGUCUCCGCUGAUCCCGUCAACCAGUCCGAGCAGCGGGGUGGAGAGGUCUUGGAGCCGGAUGAUGGUCCAGCACCGGGUCAACAACCGGUAACAGAGAUCUCACGAAACUGUGCAGAAAAGCAGCAGAACAGCAGAACAACAGAGUCUCCUGUGGAGACACACCCCUUCCUGGAUCACUUCUUUGAAGCACAUAGGAUAAAAGAAGCCUUCCGUUACUCUGGGAGGACCACAUACAACAAUUCAGUCCGACACGCCGGAGUCCCGUACACAACAGCUCUUCACACAGGAAGCGGAAGUUAAGCCAAAGUAAAAGAUCGCUGUAGCGCCACCUCAGGCCCUAUUUAUAUGAGCGCCUUCCCUCAAUGAUAGGUCGUCCAAUUACUCAGUGGCAGGUGACUCAUCCCACUACACAAGUAUGUCAGCAUUUAAACACUAAUGCUCUGUUUGAGGAAUUUCAGUCUGGUUUUAGAGAGUAUCACAGCACUGAAACUGCAUUAGUGAGAGUUACAAAUGACAUUCUCAUGGCCUCAGAUAAGAAUCUUGUGUCUGUUCUAGUCUUGUUAGAUCUCAGUGCUGCCUUUGACACAGUUGAUCACAAUGUUCUUUUAGAAAGACUUGAACAUGUUGUAGGGAUCAAAGGAACAGCGCUAGGCUGGUUUAAAUCCUACCUGUCUGACAGAUUUCAUUUUGUAAACGUACAUGACAAAUCUUCUUCAUACUCCAGGGUUACUUGCGGAGUACCACAGGGUUCAGUGCUUGGACAAAUUCUUUUUACUAUAUAUAUGCUCCCAAUUGGUAAAAUCAUUAGACAGCAUGGGAUAAACGUCCACUGUUAUGCUGACGAUACUCAGCUAUAUUUAUCCAUUAACCCUGAUGAACCUAAUCGGUUGGGUAGAUUACAGGCUUGUCUUGAGGACAUAAAAAAUUGGAUGACUCUAAACUUCUUGCUUUUAAAUCAAGACAAGACGGAAGUUCUCAUCUUUGGACCAGAAAUCCAGAAAAGGAAAUUGCUUAGCCUAUCACCUGACCUUAAUGGCAUUACAUUAAUCUCCGAGAACAAAGCAAGGAACCUUGGUGUUAUCUUUGACCAGGACAUGUCAUUCAAAUCCCAGGUUUCACAAGUUUGUCGGAUUUCCUUUUUCCACCUUCGGAAUAUUGCUAAGAUUAGAAGCAUACUUUCCAGGAGUGAUGCUGAAAAACUAGUUCAUGCAUUUAUUACAUCAAGACUGGAUUACUGUAAUUCAUUACUCUCAGGAAGUCCACAGAAUGUAGUUAAAAGUCUUCAGCUUGUCCAAAAUGCUGCAGCUAGAGUUCUGAUGAGAAUUAAAAAGAGAGAUCAUAUCUCUCCUGUCUUAGCUUCCCUACAUUGGCUACCUGUUAAAUUCAGAAUAGAUUUUAAGAUCCUUCUUCUCACAUAUAAAGCUCUUAAUAAUCAAGGUCCAUCAUACAUCAGUGAUCUGAUUGUUCCAUAUGUUCCUAACCGAGCACUUCGCUCUCAGACUGCAGGUCUACUGGUGGUUCCCAGAAUAUCUAAAAUUAGGAUGGGAGGCAGAUGUUUUAGGUAUCAGGCUCCUCUCCUGUGGAGCCAGCUCCCAGCUUUAGUCCGUGAGGCAGACACUUUGUCUACUUUUAAGAAUAGGCUUAAAAGAUUUUUAUUAGAUAGGGCCUAUAGUUAAAAUCUGAUGUUAGCCUAAAUCUGGACAAGUGGGGGAGUACAGGGAGGUGGAGUGUACAGUCAGUAAAGACGGCUCUCCCUUGCCCUGCCUCCAACAUGCCUACAUCUAAAUAGGAUAGAUUAUCCAGAGUUAUCUCUGUAGUUAUGCUGCUAUAGGCUUAGACUGCUGGUGGACACACUGACCACUUUUCACACUCUACUGCUUUAUUCUACAGUCUGCUCUUUAACUGUACUAUUUUGUGCAAUUUCAGCUGUUAACUUUAUUUUCUCUGUAAGUGUUUUUCUCCCCAGAUGAAGCUACAAUGACGUUCUGCUGAGCUGUAGUGGCCUCAUGGAGGGGGCCAUCGACUAGCACACUGCUGUUAACCACUAAUACAUUCUCUCUCUCCUGAUAAUAACUUUUUGUUUUCAUUGACCUUUGAUGUGCUAAUACUAGUUUAUCCGUUUAAUUAUAGAUCCACUAGGAUAAAUACAAUAAAGUUUAUCUUUCACCAAAUACAAUAUUUACUAAGACAUCACAAUAUAACUAUAGACACAUUACUUGUCUUUGUGUGUGUGUGUGUGUGUGUGUGUGUGUGUGUGUGUGUGUGUGUGUGUGUGUGUGUGUGUGUGUGUGUGUGUGUGUGUGUGUGUGUGUGUGUGUGUGUGUGUGUGUGUGUGUGUGUGUGUGUGUGUGUGUGUGUCUGCUCCGUCUUCUCCAUCCCCAGUGAGUCGUGGAGGAUGGCUGCUUAUACUGAGCCGGGAUUCUCUGGAGGUUUCUUCCUGUUAAAAGGGAGUUUUCCUCUCCACUGUCGCUGCAUGCUUGCUUAGUAUGAGGAUUGCUGUAUAGUCACUGACACUAGUCAGUGACUUGAUGCAAUUUGCUGGGUUCCUUAUAUAGGAAAUAUUAUUUCUGAUUGGCUUAAUGAACUGUGAAUUGGAAUGUUUAUUAUGUGAAGUGCCUUGAGACGACUCUUGUCGUGAUUUGGCGCUAUAUAAAUAAACUUGAAUUGAAUUGAAUUGAAUCUCAUUAACAAUUAGCGGGUCCAGCUAUAAGAGGAGGAGGAGAACACAUCUCGAUGCUGGAUGAUUAACUACAACUUGGUAGUUCCAGCCCUUUGUGUCUCCAGGUUAACUCUAGUGAUUUUUGGAUUUCAGAACCCUUGUGGAUAUACUUGUGCUUACCUGUUCCCAGGAUUUUUGGAUCAUUUGUGGGCCUUACCUUGACUCCUCAGGAUCUCCUUGGACUUCUGAAGUUUCUGGAGCUUCUCUGGUUUUCCUGUGGCUCGUCUGAUUGACUACUUGGACCUUUCCACGAUACCGCUGGAUUACUCACCUGUGCCCCAUAAAUCUCCUGGACACAGCAUUCACAGUUCUCCUCUCCCACUCUGUGGAGUUUAGAACCCUGGCGGCUCGGUCAUCCUGGAAUGAGGAAGCCCUCCUCGCUGCCUUCACGGAGUCCCUCAACUACCAAGUUCAGAACCAGCUGGCACUGUGCCCACAACCCCAGUCACUGGAGGAACUCAUCCGCCUGGCCAUUUCUAUUGAUAAACACCAGCAUGAACUGCAGUACCAGAACUCCAGUACCAGAACCUUCCCCACACCGGACCAUCACCAUGAGUCUGGCACUCGGCCCUCCGCAGAGCCCACCAUCAUGGAGGAACCCAUGCAGAUGGGAAGGGCACGCCUCAGCCGGGAGGAGAGGUCACAUCGGAUCAGGUCAGGUCUGUGUUUAUAUUGUGGGGAGCCAGGACACUUUGCUAGAGCCUGCCCGGCUCUGUUAAAAGGCAGAGCCCACCAGUAAAGACGGGACUACUGGUGGGCAGUAACUCUUCUUCUGUGAGCUCCCACUGUGUACUUCAGUGUGUUGUUAACUCCGAGCAGUUUCCUAUAGAAGCGCUUGCUGACUCUGGUUGUGAGCAGUCCUUGUUGGACCCGGACUUAGUAAAGAGAUGGAAGAUCCCAACCAUUCGCUCCCUACUCCACUCUCUGUGUCUUCCUUGGACGACCUGAACCUGUCAACCAUUACUCACCAGACCAUCCCGUUGCAGUUACGAGUGUCAGGUAACCACACGGAGGCUUUGGCUUUUUAUGUGUUUCCCUCUCCUCAGUCACCUCUGGUUCUGGGACACUCCUGGCCCUCCCUCCAUAACCCCCACGUGGACUGGGAGACUAACAGAGUUGAGGAAUGGAGCUCUAGAUGCUCAUAGACCUGCCUCCGCUCAGCCUCACCCAUUCUCCGCAGCCCCGCCGCUCCUCCAGCAGAAAGGAUAGACCUGUCCUCUGUGCCACCGGUCUACUAUGGCCUCAGCCAAGUCUUCAGCAAGGAUCAGGCAUCAUCUCUCCCCCCACACAGGCCAUUCGAUUGCAGGUGCUCCUCUUCCCUUCAGCUGCCCUUACCACCUCUCUAAACCAGAGAGAGAGAGCAUGGAGAGCUACAUACAGGAGUCUCUGGCCGCCGGCCUCAUCAGACCGUCCUCAUCACCCCUAGAAGCGGGUUUUUUUCUUCGGUCUAAGAAGGAGGGAACACUCAAACCCUGUAUUGACUACAAGGGGUCUGAACCAGAUUACCGUUAAGAACAAAUACCCGCUGCCUCUACUAACAUCUACUUUUGAGCCCAUUCAGGAUGCCAGCAUCUUCAGUCGCCUGGAUCUCCGGAACGCUUACCAUCUGGUUCAAAUUCGUCAGGGAGACGAAUGGAAGACUGCGUUUAAGACUCCCAUGGGACAUUUCGAAUACCAUUGACCAGAGGUGGAAAGUAACGAAUUACAUUUACUCACGUUACUGUAAUUGAGUAGCUUUUUUGUAAAUUUAUACUUUUUAAGUUGUUUUUAAAAUCUGUACUUUUACUUUUACUUGAGUAAGUUUUUAAAAAAGAAUUGUAAUUCGCUACAUUUUAAAUCAUAUCCGUUACUGAGUAAAAAUAAAUUGUAGGCUUAAUAAAUUAAAAAUAUUACGUGUGGCAGCGUCGGAACGGAAAGAGACACCUGCAUGAGCGCCACGUCUAAACCGGGGGGGGGGGGGGGCUACACGCUUUAUGAUGAGGACAAACAGCCAUUUUUACCGCAGUUUUGCUCAAAAACAAAAGUUCUGUGAUCCACUCGCUGUUUACCUCUUCUCUCCCUCCUCUCCUGUGGGUUGGAACCCGCACCUUCGCGCACCGGUGUGACGUCAUCAGAAUUCUGCUCGGUUCGGCAACCAGACUCGGCUCCGUGUUUGAAAUGUGUUUCCUUACCGCGCACGGAAGCGGCAAAAUUACGUUUAGCGCUCCUAAGAAGCGGAAUCUCAGCGCUCUGCUCAUAAAACAGAAGACCUGCAGGCCUCUGUGAGUUAAUCCUGAUACUGUUCAGGUGCAAACAUUGUGCUCCAUCCCUGUGUUUGAACUCAGAAGAUGCUCCUUGAUGCCACAGAUAUGUGAUGAUUUAGCUUGUUUCUUUAUUUUACUCCAGAAUAAGAGAUUAAAUUAUUACAAAAGCAGUUCAGUGUAGUUAAAUUAGUCAUUCAAAUGAUUCUAACAUGCUGCAGUGUGUGUGUGUGGGACUGCAUAAGACAGCAUGGCUUCAUCAAAUCCAUGCAUCCAAUGUCUUGGCUGAAGUAAUGGCUCAGGAAAAUAACUUGUAUUUAAUAAACAAUGAUGUCUCUGCAGUGUUUAUGAUAAUGUUUUAUCUUAUAUUGGACCUAUCUUUUGUCUGGGAGGUGUAACUUAUGAUGAUACAAGCCUUUUAAAACAUGUUAAAGUGUUACAAGAGGAGAUAAAUGCAUGAAUUUGAAGUUCAUGUUUGGAGACCAACCUUCACAGUUUGGAGGCUCACGCUGGUGAGGAGACACCUUUAGUUCUAGUAACACCUGGGCUCCCACGGCCUGUUCUGACAGGAUGGACGUUACAGUUGGAUGAUUGGAGGAUUAUUUAGGAGGAUUGGGAUGAACAAACUGGUUUCAGUGGUGAAGGGUUAAAGGUAUUGGCUCGGCAUUAAAAUUGUAGAAAUGCAAAAUAACUACACUUUAUUAUCUAUAUCAACAUGUACUGGGUCCAGUUUUUUAUUUUAUUAAGGACUUUUGUCUUAAAUGAUUACAGAAAAUCCAAAUCCUCUCCUCCAGACAGUGAAGAACUGUGUUUCGCAUAUGUCACUCCAGCACGUAAAACAAGCUAGCUGCUGAUGCUAAUAUUGUGAAUCACUGUUAUAUGUUUACUUUCAUGCUCCUAAUUAUUACGUAAAAUUGCGUUUACAGCUGCAGCAAAAGGUCUGAGCCAUGUGUCUGUGUCCUACACGCAUUUUUAAAUAACAGGUCUGAUCUAAAAUAAUAACCUACAUCUAUAAAUCCAUCUAGAACCACACCGCUACUUCUGGACUCCAGACGAGUCCCGUUAGCAUGACUGAAGCAAAACUAACCGUGUUCGCUCCGGUAAGGAAAGAACAAGUCCUUUGGGAAAGCUACGACACACACACACACACACACACACACACACACACACACACACACACACACACACACACGCACACACACACACAGCAGUAAAACUGUAGAUUACUGAACUAUAUUGGGACACAUGAUGGAGCUAAGACCAGCUGAAAACUCGUCAGCUUAGAGCUCCCAGUGGAGCACAGAAAUGAAAUAUUUAAGAAAAGUAAACAAACGGUACCGAUUUUGGUUCUGAAGAUGAACAGAAUCCUCCUCUAUGUCCAAAUCAGGUCGCAGGUCUUCUGAGUCAAACGGUCUAAAACAUGUCUGCACCUCUGGUAGUGAUAUCCAGCUGGCGGGGUCGGAGUUCGGUUGAACUUCUCCAGUAAUCUAACAUCCGUUCUCGUCGCCGUAUCCCAGAGAAAAAACAAAUCUGAUGGACUAGUAGAGGCUUCAGAAGCUACAUCUGAUUGAUGACACAUUGUUCUCUGCUAUAACGCUAACGCAGAAACAGCGGAGCCAGGCAUUGUUUACUACAGCUGUUUCAGCAGAGCUCCAUGUGAAACGUCAACUGCUGCCCAGGGCUUAGACUGGAAGUUAGUUUCUGUUUUUCCUGCGCCAGUCACAAACAUCAGAUUUUCUUACAAUUCCAGCCGUCAAAAUCCAAAAACCUUUUUCAUCUGAGAUUUUAAUACACAUUUACACAUGCUGAUCAAACAAAUUCUGCCUCUGGCCGAUAUCUUUAAAUGAGUGAGUGAACCCACUACCAAAGAUGAACUCUGCUAACUUUAAAAUCAGCUGCUCUAAAUAAGCAUUCAGGGAAAAGUCAUGGGCUUGUGACUAUAACCUAAUUUAUGUUACUAGUUUGCAGUGUAACUGCCUUUGUACUUCAAUAUGCAUAUUUGUUCAUUUAAUUAAAAAAACGGCCACUUUGA